AUGGUUCCUCGAGAGAGGCGUUCGAAUGGGCAUCCCAAACCAUCGUCUGGUUCUCAUGACCGUGAUGGCGGUCUGCCGCCUGACUGGGAGGAAAGGUAUCCUAGAAACGGUGGCGGGGAGCCGUAUUACUACAAUUUCAAGACUCACGAGUCGACCUGGGUUCGACCGCGCAUUGCAGACUCUGGCCCUUCGUCUCCUGCUAAAGAGCGAGGACAAGACAUCCGCAGUGGCGUAGAUCGUUCUCCACGUCGCGGGACUGUCGACGGCGACGUUCAUGAGCUUAGGAACGAGGAUAAAAAACACGUUUCUCCUGGAGUCCCUCUUAGGUUCGAGGACCGCCACUAUCGCCCUGAUGGUCUAGCUUUGGCGAACAGUUCAAGUACCUCAAACAACAAGCAAGAUUCUUACGCUAGGCCUGCGGGCCUACCGCCGCGACCAUCUUCACCGCGGACAGUGGAUAAGAGACGCGGUCCACGUUCGAUCACACCGCCACCAGCGCGCCGUGAUGCGCGCACCUCAGAACUCGCCGCUCGCUCUCGUAGGGAUAUACCCCCGCUCGUAGAACGCGAUCUAUCCACCCGAGAGCGACGAAGCCCCGUGCAAGAUAGAGAAUGGGAUCGGUCUCGUAACGUGGUCACUCUCGAAGACCGUGGACGAGGCUAUUCCGCUGAGCUGGGCACACCACGAGGCCGCCGAUUACGCGACGAUCCGCCGUCAGAGCAUGUGCGUUCUGACCAAGGUGCUCGUGAUGCAUACAAUCCGAAGUCGGCUCCCAGUACGUUGUCCGCCUCCUACCUCUCAGCGAUCCAUCGUAUCCCGGCGUGCCUGCUCCUCCUGAGGUGGAUACUGUGUUCAUGA